CGGGACCAGCAGGCUGAUAUCCAUGCGUGCCUGACCGCUAGUCCACUUCCUGGGUGGAGGAAUGGGACGUUUCCAGCGCAGCUUUUCUUCUUCUUCCUCGCAUUGUGCGGUGCCCUUCGUCACGCCGACAACGCGGAUAAGCCCCCAAUAAUGACCGCGUGUAAUCGAUAUUAUUCGACCACUUUCUUUCUUUUUUUUCUUUUCUUUCUUUCUCCGAUGUAGUUAAAAAGACAGCGAUUGAUCGCCGAUUGACCCUCCGUCACUACGGGAAUGUCGCUAUCUGGAAGCCCGCUACAGGCACGCCGGAGUCCAGCACAUUUUCAACAGUUUUUUGCACGGCGGCAGCGUACGUAUCGCGUCGUUCCUCGGGAGCUAAAAGCAGCCUCUGCUCGGACCGGAGGCCAAUAAAUUCGUCGUUUUAGAGAAACCAACAACCACAACAACAAAAAACAGCGACUGUGGCGAACCGCUAAGCGUUACUUUGAUGCUCUGCCUCCGCGGCCGCGGUGCCAACUUCGUUUCUGGCUCGUCCGUGUGUAUGUGAUUGCUUUUUUUUUUUUUUUGAGAGAGAGAGAAGAUUAAAAUACUCCUUAACUUUGUCACCCGUUGCCCUCUCGUCGCUCUCCAUGAGUAGUCUGACAUGCGGAGAAUACGGGAACCGAGUUACUGGUGGAUUUUAUCCUUGAUGUUUUUAACCUUGCCCAAACACAAAGACUGUCAUCCCGUUGCAUCAGGUGGCCAACCUCACCAUGCGGAAGAGAGGCACCACGGGACCUCGGGCGUAAUGAGGGAGAGGAGGGCAGCCGGUGACCCCUAUUGGUCCUAUUCAGGAAGCCAUGGACCUCAGAGCUGGGCUGCCUCCUACCCAGAAUGCGCUGCGAGGAACCAAUCACCUGUGGACAUCUCCGAUGAACAAGCUCCGGUUUCGGAGGAGUACCAGCAGCUUGUGCUCGACAAGUUCAACGCUGAGUCCUCCAACCAGACCACCAUGAAAAACACUGGGAAGACAGUUGCUGUCCUCCUGAAGGAUGACUACUUUGUAAGAGGCGCUGGUCUGCCGGGGCGUUUUAAGGCUGAGAAGAUGGAGUUCCACUGGGGCCAUAGUAAUGGGUCAGCAGGCUCGGAACACAGUAUUAAUGGCAGAAGGUUUCCCGUAGAGAUGCAGAUCUACCUCUACAAUGCAGAUGACUUUGACAGCCUCGGUGCUGCCAUCAAGGAAAGACGCAUCAUUGCUGCCAUCGCAGUUUUCUUUGAGCUGGGUCAAAAAGACAAUCCAGCUGUAGAGCCCAUCAUCCAGGGCUUGAAAGGAGUUGUGCAUCAUGAAAAGGAGACCAACCUGCGGCCGUUCAUCCUGAGGGAUCUGCUGCCAUCGUCACUGGGCAGUUAUUACCGAUACACCGGCUCUCUGACCACACCGCCCUGCAUCAAGGUGGUGGAGUGGAUCGUCUUCUCCAGGCCAGUGUAUCUAUCCCACUCACAGCUGGAGGCCUUUUACUCCAUCUUUACUACAGAGCAACAGGACCACGUCAAGUCUGUCGAGUACCUGAGGAACAACUUCCGGCCGCUGCAGGACCUUGACAGCAGGAAGGUCUUUAAGUCGGCUGUAAAAGAUGCAUGGCAAAAGGAUUUAACUGAAGUCCUGGGAAGCCCUCACAGCACUGAGGCGUCACGAGUGUGCAGCAGCGCCCCAGUGAGCAUGAAGAUCAAGCCGCUGAACCAGACGGCAUUGAUGGUGAGCUGGGAGCGCCCUCUGGCUGUUUACCACCCACCAAUCACCAGCUACAUGGUCUCCUACAGCUGGGUGAGGCGUGACGUUGCCGACGAAAGGACCUUCACCAAGACCGGGGACCAAAGCAUGAAGGCCGUCAUCACUAACGUGUCCCCUGACGUCCUGUAUCUGUUCAGAGUGCAGGCAGUGUGCCAGCAUGACCUGCGCAGUGAUUUCAGUCAAACUCUGCUCUUCAGAGCUAAUACAACCAGAAUAUUUGAAGGGUCUCGUAUUGUGAAGACUGGGAUGCCCACCAUGUCUCCGGCGUCCUCGGCCGACAUGGCUCCCAUCAGCUCCGGCUCCUCCACUUGGACGUCCUCUGGCAUCCACUUCUCCAUUGUCUCCAUGGCAACGGGAAUGGGCCCCUCCUCUAGUGGCAGCCAGGCCACCGUGGCAUCAGUGGUGACGAGCACCUUGCUGGCAGGCUUGGGCGUGGGCGGAGGGGUCAUCUCUUCUUUGCCCAGCUCCGUUUGGCCAACGAAAGCCCCCCGAGCCACGCAGAAUCCCACCCGUCCGUCCGUCACGCCCGCAAAGUCCAGCACCGAGCAGACGGCGCCGCAGGGCUCCGACACAGACACGCCGGCUGAGAACAAGCAGGCCGCAGAUGAGGACGAGGAGGCGGAGAAGGAGGGGGAGCGAGAAGGAGAGCAGGAGGAGGGAGAGGAUGAGAAGAAGAGAAAGAACAAGACUUCACCUGGUAAUGAGGAGAAGCAGGCCAACAGCACUGUGGUCAAAGAGCCUUUAAUCCCCACGCCCGCGUCCACCGCCAAAGAGAAAGGAAGAGGGAGGCCUACAGUGAGAAGCACCACGGUGCCCUCGAGCACCGGUGACGAUCAGUCGGUCGAUGCCGAGGAGGAUGCCGCUGAUGUGACCGCAUUCGCCACCGCGGAGCCUCGGAAUAACACUGCCGAGAUGCAGAUUCCACAGAGCUCCACACUGUCCCCAAAGAUCAGCAGCGACGGCAAGAGUGUCUGGCCUUUCUCUGUCCACACCGACGGGACCAUCUUGUCCAACGUAACGCGAACCCCUCAGGCGGGGAUGAGUCGGAUGGUGUGGGUCGUCCCCUUGGUCGUGGUGUCUGCUCUCACUCUGCUCUGCCUCAUAAUGCUGCUGAUAGUGAUGGUCUACUGGAGAAUGACAAGCAUCUGCUCCCUCCUCUGCAUCAAAUACAGGAGAUUUUUCCAGACAGCUCACUUCUACGUGGAGGAAAGCAGCUCUCCACGGGUGGUGCCCAAUGAGAAUAUACCAAUCAUCCCCAUACCAGACGACAUGGACGCCAUCCCCGUCAAGCAGUUCAUCAAACACAUCAUGGAGCUGUACAAGAACAACCUGCAAGGUUUUUCUGAGGACUUUGAGGAGGUUCAACGCUCCACAGCAGACCUGAAAAUCACUGCAGAGCACUCCAAUCACCCUGACAACAAGCACAAAAACAGAUACAUCAACAUCGUGGCCUACGACCACAGCAGGGUGAAAUUACGAGCUCUUGCGGGCAAAGAUGCCAAACAUUCGGAUUACAUCAAUGCCAACUACGUGGAUGGCUACAACCGUCCCAGAGCGUACAUAGCGGCUCAGGGCCCCCUCAAGUCCACAUUCGAGGACUUCUGGAGGAUGGUGUGGGAGCAGAACACAAGCAUCAUUGUCAUGAUCACAAACCUGGUGGAGAAAGGGAGAAGGAAAUGUGACCAGUAUUGGCCAACAGAGAACAGCGAGCAGUAUGGAAACAUCGUGGUGACGCCAAAAAGCACCAAAGUGCACGCCUGCUACACACUGCGGCGUUUCCUUAUAAGAAACACGAAGGUUAAAAAGGGUCAGAAGGGGAACCCGAAGGGGAAGCUGAAUGAGCGCAUCGUUGUCCAGUAUCACUACACGCAGUGGCCUGACAUGGGAGUACCAGAGUACACCCUCCCCGUCCUCACGUUCAUCAACCGCUCAUCGGCGGCCCGCGCUGCGGACACGGGCCCGGUGCUGGUGCACUGCAGUGCAGGCGUCGGGCGCACGGGAACGUACAUUGUUAUUGACAGCAUGCUGCAGCAGAUCAAGGACAAAAGCACAGUCAGCGUUCUGGAUUUUCUCAAACAUAUCCGCACACAACGCAACUACCUAGUUCAAACUGAGGAACAGUAUGUCUUCAUCCACGAUGCUCUAAUGGAGACCAUCAUGAGCAGAGAGACGGAGGUGCCCGCCUGGCAGCUGCAUAGUUAUGUCAACAGCAUCCUCACGCCCAACUCGACAGGCCGCACGCUGCUGGAGAAGCAAUUCAGGCUGUUGACUCAGUGCAACGCACGCUUUGUGGAGUGCUUCAGCGCCCACAAAGACUGCAACAAGGAGAAGAACCGCAAUUCCUCAGUGGUUCCUUCGGAGCGAGCAAGGGUCGGACUCACCACUCUGCCUGGAAUGAAAGGAACCGAUUACAUUAAUGCGUCUUACGUAAUGGGUUACUUCAGGAGUAAUGAGUUCAUCGUGACUCAGCAUCCGUUACCCCACACCACCACAGACUUCUGGAGGAUGAUCUGGGACCAUAACGCUCAAAUUAUUGUCAUGUUGCCCGACAACCAGGGCCUGGCUGAGGAUGAAUUUGUCUACUGGCCGAGUCGGGAGGAGUCCAUGAACUGCAUUGCCUUUACUGUCACCCUCAUCAGUAAGGACAGGUUGUGCCUCUCCAAUGAGGAGCAGAUCAUCAUCCACGACUUCAUCCUGGAGGCCACACAGGACGACUACGUUCUGGAGGUGAGACACUUCCAGUGUCCUAAAUGGCCCAACCCCGACGCUCCUCUCAGCAGCACCUUUGAGCUCAUCAGUGUCAUCAAAGAGGAGGCCAUGACUCGAGAUGGCCCCACCAUCGUGCACGAUGAGUACGGAGCCGUGUCAGCGGGCAUGCUUUGCGCCCUCACCACACUGUCCCAGCAGCUGGAGAACGAAGGCGUUGUCGACAUCUAUCAGGUGGCUAAGAUGAUCAAUCUCAUGAGGCCUGGAGUCUUCACUGAUAUUGAGCAGUACCAGUACCUUUACAAAGCCAUGCUCAGCCUGGUCGGCAACAGAGAGUUCUGCCUGAGCCCCGUGCACAUGGACACUAACGGGGUGGUGGUGAUGGCGGACGAGUCGGACCCGGCCGAGAGCAUGGAGUCGCUCGUCUGAGGAAGUUCACAGGCACUUCGUUUGUAUAAAAAAAAAAAAAAACCAGAGGCCUUUUUUGCCAGACAAUUGAUUCAACGAAUAACCUUAUUACUUUUUAUACCGAUAAAAGUUUUUGAUAUUUAUGUUUUUGUCCUUUAUUCCUCGUUUUUAAAUGUUAUCCUGCUGAGCGUUUGCACCCGUUUUAAGUUGUCGUGAGGAGGAAGCAGCUUCGUCCAGUUUGCACUAUACUAUCAGUGUUACUGCCUGUAUCCGGUGAAGGAGACACUUCCGUUGGACGGCGGCGUCUCGACUCAACCGAGAUCUCUGGACCGCAUUGAGACAAACCUGAAGCAUGAAGACCAGGAUGAGUUAAAGCGAUCCGGCUCAUUCCUCAAAGCGAAAACAUCACAUUCCAACGCAGCCGCCAGCACGCAUCUCGUCACUUUGUCACCUCAAUAAAACACAGCGUUUUGAGGCUCCGCCCCACCUGGUUGAAGCUCUUUAUCACAUGCUAAGAUACUUUUUCCUGCUUAAUAUUCAUGUAUUGUCCAAAUAUUUCACUGCUGUCUUGUAAAAUGUACUUUUCUUUUUUUAAACAUCUAAAUAAUGUGAACAUGAGUUUUUUUUUUUUUUACAGGAUUUGUAUUGUUAUGUUGUUUUGUUUAUAUAUUUCUUUUUUUAGCGCUCUUGCUUUUUUGUCCAAUAGCAGGGCGUAUAUUCAUGUUCUAUGAGGUCGUCAUGACUCUUUCCAGCUUUUUAAACUUCAACUGUCAAAGCUCAACUGUUAACAUGUGUAGUGGGUAAACGUAUCGAAACUAUACAAUGUCUACAAAGAGUAUUCACCCAACACUAAAGCGCAGUGGAUGAAAUUAGGAUUUAUUCUUCAUUGCGAAUCAAAACAGUAAAUUACUCCAACUCAGUUUAUUAAGGUGAACAGCAAAGUUUUCUCUCCUGUCACUUAUUCUGGACUCAACUGAGGCCCCAGACGGCGUCUCGCCAUGACGUGAAUCAUUAUCUUUUCUACAGACAUUCCUGUGUGGCUUCAUAUUUGGGGUCAUUGGUUUGAUGAAAUAUUAUGUUUUGCAGUUUUCUCACAUUACACUUUAAUGUGAGAAAACCUCAUGAUGACAACGGUGUUUUUCACUGGUCGGACGUCUUCGUGGUCGUCACGGUCUCACUUUGCCCUUCUUCUCAAAACGCUGAGAAUUGUAUUAGGGAUAUCCAGUGCCUUGGAAGCGUUCUUAUGUCCUUUCUCUGUUUAGUGCUCUUCAGUAACUCAGAUUUGUUUGAUUUCAUGGUGCUGCUUUAGCUUGUAAAUUCACUUAACUUUUUCUUCCAGAUAUAAUUUACAUGAAAUCGCUUACUUAAAAUUCAUGACACACCGGUGAUCUCCAUUCAAGGAAAGGACUGAAUAUUUGUCCCAUCGAUAGUUUUUAUGUUUUACUUAGUUUGAAUAUUUUUCUGUUGAUCAGAAAAUAAUCCUAAUUACAUCCACUGUCAAUCAAAGUUUGAAAUCUAUAGAAUAUUAAAAAAAAAUCCAUGGUGGGUGAAUACUUUCCAUUGGGCACUGUAGUUUCUUGUUGUUGAGGGGGGCAAUGGAGAUGAUGAUGCUUUAUUUGUAACCAAAGAUGUGGUUGUAGUUUGCGACAUGUAAGUGGUUUUGUCUUGAGAUCUAUUUAAUCAACUAGAAUUUAAAAUCAAAAUGGUUAACUCUUUCAGUGCUGAUUCCUGGUGUCAGAGGUGUGAACUGAAGAAGAGUUUAGCAUGCUUCUGUUCCUGCCUCAAGAACUCUCCUCACAGUAAAUAACCAGAGUACCGGUUUCUGGAUUCAGGCUGUAAAAUAUAUAUACAUAUAUAUAUAUAUAUAUAUAUUUUGGGAUGUUAUUCUGUCAGCACCAUUUUGUGACUAUUAAUUACAAGCCCUUUUCAACCCCACCGAACACCCAUUUCUCUUAAUUGAUUUAUGUGUAUCCUUAUAUUCUGUGAUAUAAUCUCUGGUAGAAAAAGAAAAAGUAAAAAAAAAAAAAAAAAAACUUUGAACACCCACUUCUCUGACAACGGGGAGUUUGCUAAAUUCAGUGAAACCCCUCCAACAUUUGGAGACAAAAGUCCAGAUUGCUGAUCACAGCUCUGCAACAAAAAAGGGUUUUCUUUUGUAUGGAUUCCAACGUCUCUUCUGUUUGAUAUUUCUAUGCUUGUGGAGUACCGUGGUUGCACAAGAUUGCUUCAAAAGAAUAAUGAUCUUCAACUUUAAUGUAAUCUUUGUGAUCAUAGAGGUUUAUAUUUUCAUACAAAGAUUUGGUUUGUAUAGUGGCCCCAUAAAAGAUUGUACUUUUUGGGAAAUUUACUAUCCAAAUCUUCACAGCAGAAUUCCCACAGUUAAACCUGCCCCUCUGAGGUCCAUACUGAUAUUUAAUUAAGAUAUUUCCUGAUAUUUACUCAUCGGUCCAGAGAACCAGUUUGUUUAGCCUCACUGCAUUUCUGCCCGGUUGGUAAGUGAAGUCUAUUUUGUAACUUAAAUAAAAAAUUAAAUGGUUUUGUCCAUCGUAUCAAAUGUUUAUAUGAGACUAUCAUAGCCGUAUAUUUCUAUGAUGUUGUCAUAUACCAUAUUAUAGUGUAAUAGUGUUAUUUAACAGUUCAAUUGUAUUGCUAUUCAUGAAAUAAAGUUUGGGUUUGGGUGCACAACA